AGUGAGGGUGACAGUCGUGAUAGCGAGAGACAGUCAUGACAGCAGGCAAAGAAGAUGAAUCCCGACCUAAAAAGCCUCGGCAUCAUUCUAAAAAACUCCACGACCGGAAACGCAAUAAAACACGCGUAAAUCUUGGCGACGCAUUUAAAACGUGGAGGAUCUUAAAGGACCAAAGGAACUUUAAGACGGAUGCCGACUUCGCGGAUUUUCUCCUGGAAAGGCGAACCUGUCGUGCUGUAGCCGUUGAGGCAACCAAAGAAGAUGGAUCCCAACCCAAAAAGCUCCACGACCUGAAACGCGAUAAAACACGAGUAAAUCUUGGCAAAGCCUUUGAAACAUGGAGGCUCCUCAGGGACCAGAAGAACUUUAAGACGGAUGCCGACUUCGCACAUUUUCUCCUGAGAAGUGUGUGUUUGUGUACAGAUGCUGUUGAACUCACUCUGGAUUCAAACACUGUGUUCAGUUUUCUCUCUCUGUCUGACGACAAGAAGAAUGCUCAGUGGGAGGAAGAAGGUCUGUGUUAUCCACCUCAUGAUGACAGAUUUGGGUUUGAUUCCCAGGUUCUGAGUGUGGAGAGUCUGACUGGACGCUGUUACUGGGAGGUUCAGUGGAGUGGAGAGUGGGCUGGUAUAUCAGUAUCAUACAAAGGGAGGAAUGUAUACGAUAUGUUUGGAUCCAAUAAUCAGUCCUGGAUUCUGAUCUGUGAUAAUAACAAUUACUCUGUCUGGCACAAUAAAGAGAAAACUGUCCUAACUGCCCCCCCCUCCCCCUCUAACAGAGUAGGAGUGUAUCUGGACAGGGACCGCAGCACUCUGUCUUUCUACAUCAUCUCACCUGACACAUGCGCACUGACCCACCUACACACACUCACCACCACAUUCACUGAACCACUGUACGCUGGAUUCUAUGUUUAUCCCUACUCCUCAAUGCAUCUAUGUAAGAUAGUAAGAUAGUUUACUUGAUACACAGUUCAUCUUUUCGUUUAUUAACAUUAACAGUUAAAACAUUUGUGUUUCAAUAAGUGUUUGUGUCUUUGAGCAG